ACUGCUUGGCCGAUUUUCUUGUCGUCAUUUAGCAUUGGAUACUCGCUCUCUCAUCAUCGGCAGAAUGUCAAGGAUCACAAUCCUUGCGCUUCUUGCGCUACUCGUCGCAGUUGCAGUCGCAUUGCCGACUGCUUCGCAAUCUCAAGGUCUUCAAAGAAUAAUCAGAGCAGCCACGCCGGAGCUGGUUCGUUUUAAACGUGGAUAUGGCGGAUAUGGCGGUGGAUUUGGCCGUGGAUUCGGCGGGGGUGGUUUUCACGGACGUGGUGGCUAUUACGGCAAAGGAGGAGGAUGCGGUGGAGGAUGCGGCGGAAGUACAUAUCCUGGAUACGGUGGUGGAUCCUUCGCUAACAGCGGAGCUAAUGCCGGUUCGAUAAGCACGCCAUUCGGCGGCGGUUCCUUCUCAUCCUCGUUCGCUAAUGCUGGCUCCCGUGGAUAUGGAUAUGGAUAUGGACGAUGAAAUGGACUCUAAAAAUACGAUCAAUAUCUUUGAAAGUGGAUUCACAUAAAAAAAUAUCAAUUACACUUGUACAAUUAGUGUGUGUAUAAACUUUUCUUUAUGUAAUAAAUUUAUUUAAGAAAGAAAUAAA